AUGGAGCGCCGCUCAUUCUUUAGGCCAGCCGACUUCAACCGUACCAUGAGCCCGGUGAGCGACAGCGAGCGUGAGGUCUUUGCGGAUGCUCCAAGGAUGGCGGCCCGUUCCGUGGCCUUGAUCGCCAAGAAGCGCCAGGCGCACCCAGAAGUUCAGCCCGCCAGGAGGAAGGGCCAAGAGGUUUGGGCUGAUUUGCUGACUGAUGACGAGGAGAACUUCCCCAGCUGGGAGCCUAAGAUUCAGGGACUGGGCGUGCCAGCGACGCAAGGGCUUCUUUGGGAUCCCCUGGGCCUUCAGGGCGAUUUGUCCCCAGUCUCAGACCUUUUGUUCAACAAGAUGGCCGGGGAGAAGCAGCUUCACCCGCGGACCAACAGCACUGCAUUCGACAAGUGGUCAUGGAGCACCACAGCCACAGAGGCAGAUUCGACGCUUCCCCCGCUACAAGAGGAGCAGGGAAGCCGCUUGAAACGGGUCGUUUUCGAACUCUUGAAGACCGCUCGGGGGGAGGGUUCCGGGUCUCCGGGUGGAUCGGACGUGGGCGUUGGAAACGCCUCGAGAGGACGGGUGCACAUCGGUGUGAAGGCUUCGCAGGCUUCGCAAGUGCAGGAGGAGCAGCCGUUGUUGUUGGCGGCUCAGAUCAUGGAGAUAGCGGCCAGCAACCUGCUUCAGCUCUCCCCACCUUAG